CCUUCGUUAAUGGCCCAUCCUGGGUGAAUGACCGGCGCCGCUUCCAAUCGCUCUCCCCUCGGAGAGGCCGAGGGCGGGACCCGUGGAAAAGGAAACGCCGCGAUUCAGGAGGUGUGCGUUGAUUGACGUCGCCUGGGCCCAAUGCUCGCGCGGAGGUUCCCGUCCCCCUGGCUUUCUCCAGCCAUGGGCGGGGAGGGAACAAUGGGAGGAAAAGGAGGUGGAAGCCCCGGGAGGAAAAUGGCAGCGGGAGCGACGGCAGCGGGGAGAAGAGGCGCCUGCUUCCCGGCGCUGUUGGUGGCGGCCUCGGUGGUGUGCCUGGCCCAGGUUUCAGCUGUGGAUGUACACACACCAGCAGAACUUUCUGUGGAGAAUGGAACAGAGGCAAAACUUCCUUGCACCUUUGCAUCAUCAGAAGUGAUCAGCAGUGCGGCUUCUGUUACCUGGAGUUUUCAAGCAGAGGGAUCAACUACUUCUGUGUCGUUCUUCUACUAUUCCAAUGGGAAGGCAUACCCUGGGAAAAGUACACAAUUUAAAGACAGAAGCAGCUGGGCUGGAGACCUGAACAAGAAAGAUGCAUCUAUCAAUAUAGCAAACAUGCAGUUUCAAGACAAUGGAACUUACAUCUGUGAUGUCAAGAACCCUCCAGAUAUAGUUGUCACUCCAGGAGAAAUCAAAGUCAGAGUUGUGGAGAGAGGUACAGUAGUCCCUGGAAACUUGCCUCUGUUUACCCCUACCCUUGUGGCGGGAAUAAGCAUUGGUGGAGUUCUGGGUUUAGGUUUACUCAUCAUUCUUAUUGUGUGUGUCGUGUACAGAAAGAAGAAUUCUAAAAAACAUUACUCUGGCUGCAGUACCUCUGAGAGCUUGGUGUCUCCAGUUAAGCAGGCUCCACGGAAGUCCCCCUCUGACACAGAGAGUCUGGUAAACAGCGUGCCCACCCGAUCACACCAGGGCCCAGUAAUUUAUGCACAGUUAGAUCACUCCGGAGGGCAUUGCAGUGACAAGAUCAUCAAGUCAGAAUCUGUGGUCUAUGCUGAUAUUCGGAAAAACUGAGAAGAUCCCAGCCUACCCAAAGCUAAACAAAAAUUCAAACUGGAAUCGCUUGAAUAAAGUUGACCCAGAGAACUCACAUGUGGCCUUUGACGCCUAGGCUAGGACCAAUGCAUGUGUAUACAGAGAGAAAGAGAUUAUAUAUGUAUUGUGUGUAAAUAGUCUUAUUUAAUCGUACAGAAAUGAGACCAAUGUUGCAUGUUGAACUAUGAUAAGAACUCUGCUUAUAAAUUGCCAAUAUUUUUUUUAUAUUUAGGAUAAGGGGAAGAAAGCAAAUAUUCAUUUUACACCUUUAGGUAAUGUGUCUUUGUUCUGUGGAAAAACUGGAAAAUUCCUGGAUAUUCUAGUGCAUUUGAUAUUUUGUUUUUUACAGAUUCUUUCCUUUUUAUUGAAAUGGACAUUAGAACUGUUUCUGCAUGAUUCCUUUUCCUAAUUUGGUGCUUUUUACACUCGAUUAUACUUCACUCUUGUCCUUUCGUUCCAACACCCUUGUUUUGCAAAGGGAAAAGCUCUUACCUGCCUUCAACUUCCAGCAUGGUUUCCUCUUGGCUAGAGCCAAGGUUUUAUUUCAGGACACUGACAAACCUUUGUCCAGUUUUAAUGUAAAGCUAUAAAUGAAAUGGCUUUUUUAACUUUAUGAAUUUUCAGUAGGCAAUUCUAAUAAUGAAAUACUAAUAAAGCCCCCCUUUUACUUUACUCUUUCUCCUUUAUAGUUCUAAAUGCAAGUUCUUCUGGGUCUAGUGGGAUUUCUGCAAUAAAAAUUAAAUCCAUUAUUUUUGAACAAAAAUAGGGUAACGAAGUGCUAAGUGGAUCUUCAGUUUGAUCCUAGUAAGACUUACUUGAAGUUCUUGCAUUUGUCUGCUACUGGUAAAUUUUAAAAAGCUUAUCAGAUGUUGCUAUUUCAAGAAGAAAUAGCUAGAAUUCUCAGUAAUCCUUUUCUGCUGUUUUAUUCCACUGCCAUAAGGGGGCACUUCAUGGAAGGCAUGAAGUAUGAUGGGAUAUUAAGCGUGAGCUUCCAAAGGACAGGGUCAAGGUCCUUCUGACACUAGUUCUUUGACUAAAUACAGUUUUACCUUAAAACAAGAAUGGCUGUUGUUUCUUUGCUGUGGGAUGAGCUGUGCAUCCCUGCCUUUGUUUUAUGAUGACAUUAAGCCUCUGAACCCACAUUUAUUUUCUCCUUUCACCCCACCAGUGUUUCAGGCAGGUGGUCUGCUGCUAUUUUGGUCAUCUUGCAUGUUUUUCUGCUUAUGCAUUUUCUCAGCAACCUUUUUUAAAGUAUAGCAUUAAAUGUUCUGAGUGGGGAUUUCUUCUUGGCUAAAUCAUGGUGUGACCAAGUACCACUAAGGAUUUGAUGAAGCUUAGAGGGAAAUAAUUUUUCCCCUGGCAGGCUCUAUCAGAUUUUAUCUUAAGUUGUGUGUGUCCUUAAUAUAUUGGUUUUCAAAAUAUCUUUUACAAAUUCAGCAAGAAUGGUUGAUUAAUAUGUUAUUCUGUGGCUGGUUUAAUGUUCUACCUUGUCAUCUCAGUAAUGAAAUUUGGCUGCAACCCUGAGCCCCUUUACCAUGGAAGUAAAUUCCAUUAAUCGGUCUUGCUUUUUAAUAAAUACGAAUAGGGUUGUACUUCUUUUGUCAACUUUGGUUUAUGAAAAUGCUUCUUCUGAGGGGUUAUUUUAUCUUGAAAUAAGAAAUGAUGCUUCUAGCCUAAUUUAACUGAAGGCUUCUUCAAGAAGCCUGAAUUAGAGAACUACUGUUAGUAGCUUUAUCUAAAUUUGUAGCAAAGAUUGGUUACAGCAAGUGGUCAUCAAUGACACAUAAAUGAUAUAAAUGAAACAACCCUUCAGUUCCUUUUCUCUCUUUUGAACUCUUUAACUGUGACACUUGCUUAUUGGAGCAACUUCAAAGAUUCAUCUAUGUGGUCUUAUUUCAUGUAGCCUGCUGUCACAACAAAGUCAUGGCAAAAUUUGUGUUAUAGCAUCUGCUAUUUCCUGUGUUCCUCUGGUUUAACUUUCCUGGGGUCUGUUUCAGAGUUUGUACCUCAUGAUUUAACUUGGCUAGAGAGAAUUCUUCUACUGCCUCUUAUUCUAGCCAGUCUCUUGAUGCUCCAUUGUUAUAAGACUUUCUCUUUUUAUUGUGAAAUGGUGAAUAUUUGCAUUUGUACAUAAGUACAUUGCAGAUGCAUUAGAUGUGCUUGUCAUAUUUUUGUUUUACCAGAAAUGCUGCAUCAUGAUGAAUUUUUCACAUCUUCCUUAUACCAAGCGUCCACCCCACAGGUUUUUAUGCAUUGUAUAACAUUAUGUUAUACAAUAAUAGGGGUAACAGAAGUGCAUUUUGAGAAAUCAGUAAUCCUAGAAUCCAUUCCCCAACAUUAACAUUACAGGAGUAAACAUGAAUGAGAAUGUAGUGAAGAUUAAUUCAAGGAUAAUGACAGAGAAAUAUAAAUUCAACAGUAAUGCCAAUAAUCUCAGUGCACCAAUCGGGCCACCCAUUUUAGAGAGCUUAUGAAGCUAUUCUUAAUAUUAAAAAUGUUUCUUUAUGGAAUGCAACCUUCUGCAUUUUCUCUUCUGUCACUCUUCUUUAUUCAUUUGAGAAAAUAUUAAAAAUUAAGAUGCUUUUAAAAGCUUCAUGUGAACUGCUCAGGUCAUUCUUAGUUUGCUUGUUCUCUUUAGAGCAGGAAUGUAUAGAAGGUAGGCUUCUAUCAAUUAACAGACCAGUAAGAAACUGCAGGUAGACCAUUGAACAAGUGGAAGGUUGCUGGGAUUCUUACAAAGAAUCCCAGCUUCGAUUAAAUUUGGCCUGAAGGAGCACACCACAUAGUCUUAACUGAGAGAAUCACAUAAUAGAGAUAAGCUUUGCCUUAACUUUAUGAGAUAUGAAGUACUCUUGCUUCAUAAAUAUAAAACACAUAACUAGAACCUUGUGUAAACAAAAAUGUAGAGCACAUGAGAAAGGCCACCCUUGUUUUAGAGCUACCUCUUGUAAGAGAUACUUUUUUGCACAAAGGAAAAAAAUAUGUGUCUCUGUCCCCCAGUACAAGAUAAUAGAUUGUCACUACCAGGAGCAACAAAAACCUAAAGGUGGAUGUUUCACAUGAACAUUAGUGUUUCAUAUAUGCAAACAGUUUGAACUUAUAUUCAUUAAUGUACAUAAUUCAGUGCUAAUCAUAGGCACUUGAACAAUAGACUGUAGACUUAGUUGCAGUGGAACAAUUUCUUAUUCAAGUCUUUGUAUAACAUCACAGAUUUUUUUAAAAAAUCCUUUUCAUUCUAACAUCUUUUACUUGGGAAAUACAGCACCUUGGUUGUUUUAAUCUUUAUCCAAUAGACAUUUCCUUGACAUUAUUUUAUUACAUUGCCAUCAGCCUUGAGUCUCUAUAUCAGGAGAAAAGGGGGAUAAAAAUAAAGUAAUAAUUGGGUUGGCACUAAGUUCCUAAUUUGGGGAUCUCUGAAGUAAUACAUUGGGUAUUUUUUUUAAAAUAUGAAAACUGAUCAUUUGUUUUCUGCAUGCAUGCCGGUUCUCCAGAAUUUCAGUAGAGCCUGGAUACUGUUCACUGUGUGGAACAAACAUUGUUUUAAAAUGUCCUCCUAUCAGUAUUCCUUUACCACCUUCAAAACCGAGUAGUUGAUCACUUGGCAAGCACAAGAAGUAUACAAGGCCUCUGGAGAGUUCCCUCUCUGAACAACCCUCUCCCAAGCAUUUUGGGGAACUUCUUCAGUCAGUGGAUGUUCACUACUGGCUCUUAAUCAUUGGUAUAGCUUUUUCUGAUAAUACUUCAAACCAUAUAAAAGUAGUGGCCUGACCAUCCUUUAGCUCAUUUGUCUGUAGUGAGUGUAUGCCAUGAUCUCCUUUGUAAAUAGUAUCUUAGUUUUAAAGACUCAGUCCUGUUAAUUUUAGUUUGCCCAGAUUCACCUUUCCUCUAUUUUAGGCAAACCAAUUAGAAGGCUAGUUUUCAAAAUUUCAAGAGUGGAGUGUAGCCAUUUUUGUCUGUUGCUACAAAACCAAUCUUGUUUAUUGGCACCUCAAAGAUUGACCUGUUUCUUUUUCUUAACUUUUCAUGGAUUGAAACUCACUUCAUCAGAUGCAUGAAGUUUCACCUUAGUAGUCAAGACACUUAUUUAUAUGCUGGGCUGAAUACUGGAAAUACAGAAAAUGCCAGUAAGUUAUGAUCAUACCAGUGGUCAUUUAACAAGUUGAGAGAAGAUGUCAAAGCAUGACCAGCAGAUUAGCACCUGUAUAAUGAAGAAAAGUGUUUUGUGCAAUCCCAAGUUUGAGAGAGAGCUUCAUAAAUUAUAUCAUUUGUGUAUGAGGCUUUGUCUCUUGCUAGAGUACUUUGUGCAUCUGCCGUAUCAACAUGUGACGUGUGAUUAGAAAAACUUGAGUUGUUUGUUUUAGCUUUUUUGAAAUGUAGGUGACCUCUGUCUCGCAACUUGCUCUGUAUAUGCAGUUUAAAUGCUUUCCCUUGUGUCCAGACAGUCCUGGUGAAGUGAGCAGUUGUUCAGUCAUCUACAGAUGAGCCCUGAAAUCUGUAAAGUCUUGUUCAUAGUUUACAUAUUCUUGUGCCUGUCUAAAAACAUUGUAAAAUCACAGUUGUUUUAUUUGUACUGGAUUGGUGGGACUAGUCCCUUUUAUGAAAUCCUGUUUCCAAGUUAAGAUGCAGGAGAACACCUCAAUCAUGUGUAAGGGCAAUUUUCCUAUGGUGCUGUAUUUAAUGCCCCUUUUCUGUGAAAGGCGAUCAAGAUCUAAUAAAGGACUCCCGGCUGUGAAAUUGAACUCGCCAAACCUUGGACUACCUUCUCAAGAUCUCCCUUUGCUCUAUACAGCUCCACACAAUGCAGCUACUGACAUGUUUUCUACUUUGUUUCUGCACUUUUUAAAAACUGGAAAUGAAUUUGUCUUGUACAGUUUUUCCUUUGCCCCCUUUCUCACAAGCAACUGCUGCAUAGAGCAGAAAGGACUCUGUGGGCUUAUCUGGAGAGCACCACUAUGGGGCACCACAUGAUGCUGCUGCUAAAUUGGAGGGGUGGGGGAGAAAGAGGUAAACACCUAUAAAAUAGGUGUAUAAUUUGGGGUAAAUGUAUGUUCUAUGUGGUCUCUAACAUUAAAUUGGGAACUGGCAGUCACAUAUAAUUUGUACUAACUUUUCAGUUGAACACACAUCCCAUCAGAUAUUUACAUGUUUUCUAUUGUACUCUUGUGAAUAUUUUAAUACACUUUUUCCAUUA